AUGGACCUGUGCGUCACCAUCAAAGGGGUCUCCUUCCUCUUGCAAACGGGUCUGGGCGUCUUGGGGAACGCGGUGGUGCUGCUGGCCUACGCCCAGCUCAUCCACGCCGAGCCCAAGCUUCUCCCCGUGGACGUGAUCCUGUGCCACCUGGCCUUCGCCAACCUGAUGCUGCUGCUGACCCGCUGCGUCCCGCAGACCAUGAGCGUGUUCGGGCUGAGGCACCUGCUGGGCGACCCCGGCUGCAAGGUGGUGAUCUACGCCUACCGCGUCGGGCGGGCGCUGUCCGUCUGCGUCACCUGCAUGCUCAGCGUCUUUCAGGCGGUGACCCUCGCCCCCGCCGGACCCCGUCUGUCCAGGUUGAAGCCCGCGCUCCCCUCCCUGGUGCUGCCCACCUCCGCGGGGCUGUGGCUCCUCAACAUGGCCGUGUGCAUCGCGGCCCCCCUCUUCUCCAUGGCGCCGCGCAACGGCACCGUCCCGGCCUUCACCCUCAACCUGGGCUUCUGCCACGUGGACUUCAGGGACAACCUGUCCUACGUGAUCAACGGCGUGGCGGUCUCCGUGAGGGACUUUGCCUUCGUCGCCCUGAUGUUGGGCUCGAGCGGUUACAUCCUGUUGCUCCUGCACCGCCACAGCCGGCGGGUGAGGGGGAUCCGUCGCUCCCACGGCGGCGGGGCGGAGGCCAGGGCGGUCAAAACGGUGAUCACCCUGGUGGUCCUGUACGCGGUCUUCUUCGGGAUCGACAAUGCCAUCUGGAUCUACAUGCUGACGGUGGCAAAGGUGUCGCCAGUGGUGGCUGACAUGAGGGUGUUCUUCUCCUCCUGCUACGCCUCGCUCAGCCCGUACUUCAUCAUUUCCUCCAACAAGAAGGUCAAGGCGAAGAUCUUGUGUGCAGCAGAGCAGAACCAGCCGUCAGUAGACAACCAGGAGACGAGUGACAAAUGACACCAUGGCUUUGUUUUGACAGGCUGUCGACUAAUGAGACAGCAGAGCUGUACUCUCAGACCUCAUCAUUUUCAACACUGCUGGACGGAUGAGUAACAUUUACUGAGAUCGUAGACCCCUUUUGAAAGUUGAACAAACCGUAUUUAAAUCACAAAUAUGCUGUAACCACCAUGUGGUAAACACACAUAAUCAUCAUUACAGCUAAAUAUAAAAAGAAGUGAAUUAAUCUGCAUAAGCUUUGAGUUUUGGUUAGUUGUUUAGGACCUCAGUGUGCUUGAUGCUUCACUUGGUCUUUUUUAUUUUUGGUCUUUGAGUUAGAGACUGUUGCCUGUAUAAUUAACAUUU